CAAGUUCAUGGCAUUUUAUGGUUCGAAUGGCUGCAUUUAUCAGCUUUGCUUUGAAAUACAGUCACUUAGACGUCAAUGGAUGUAUAAUAAGGCAGAAUCUCGCCCCGAAAAGAGAAAUCCUAAUCCAUCACAUAUUGAUAUCGCAUCACAAGAAACUCUCCAACACCACCCAUCUCAUCGUGAACUCCCCUCAUCAUCUCACCGUAUAUUAGAAGUAACACUACAGCCCUACCAGACCCCAACAUGGCCAUCGACAGAGUUCCCCGCGGCGACGUCCGUGCAACCCUCAACUUCUUCGCGGCGCCGGCAGACAACUCCGCUCCCUACAACAUUAUCCACCCCGAAGGAACCCCCGAAAGGAACUACGGCGACAGCCCCACCGAGACCGUCCUGCACGACAUCCGCGGCCGCGAGUCCGACUUCAACCUCGACCGCGACGCCUUCGCUGUGAUCCGCAACCUCCCGCCCUCUUCCGAGAAGGACUUCGUCGAACACGCGUCCGUCGAGAGGAACUACUACCCCGAGGUCGAGAAGCUCAUCCUGGAGCAUGUCCCCGGAAGCAACCGCGUCCUGUUCUUCGACCACACCAUCCGCCGCGCCGACCCCAAGGCCCUUCGGAGCCCCGUCACCCGCGUGCAUAUUGACCAGACGCCCGUCUCCGUCAUCCAGCGCAUCAAGAGACACCUGCCUGAAGAGGCAGACAAGCUCCUCGCCGGCCGCUAUCGCAUUAUCAACGUCUGGCGGCCGCUCAACAAGAACCCCGUCGAGUCUUUCCCGCUGGCGUUCGCGUCAUCCUCGACGCUGGCCGACGAGGAUAUCGUCCCCGUCGAGCACCGCUACACUACCGGCUACACCGGCCAGACGGCGGCCAUCAAAUUCAACCCGGAACAGAAGUGGUACUACUUGAGCGGCAUGACGGGCGAUGAGCGGCUGCUACUUGAGUGUUUUGACAGCGAGGGCCUACGCGAUGGCACGGGCGUGGCGGGCGGGCGGGUGGCUCAUACUGCUUUUGAAGACCCGAGAAGCAGGGCCGAUGCCGAAGGUCGUGAAAGCAUCGAGGUCCGCGCCCUUGUCUUUGGCCCAUGAAAGGUCACUUUAACAUACAAGUCAUAUACGAGUCAAUGAGAACAUG